AUGUCGAAACCUCCCACACCCAGGCGUGCCACAAAUCCUAUGCCGAUCACAGUAGUCCCCAAACGCCCCAUCCCUCUCACAAUCCCUCCUCGCACACUUAUGUCUCACGCAAAAACUGCUCCCCUCCCACUUCCUCUCCCAGCACCCCUCCCGAUCACACUCGUGCCUCUUACAAUACCGUCCCGCCACGCCGCCCGCGUCCGGCAUGUACCUCGUCUUGAUCCUCCCGCAGCCCCUCUCCUCGCAGGUAUGCGCCAAGCACGUCCCCUCGCCGGCGCCCGCCGCCCUCGCGUUGCCGCACGGCGGCUGCUGCUCGAAUCGGCAGUGGUGCUCGCCGCAGUGGGCCGAGGGGACGCCGUGCUCGUUGACGUGGGCAAAGCGCCGGCAGCCGGGCGUGGCGCACAUGCGGUGGCGGUCGCAGUGGCGGGAGGGGUCGUGGGCGUCGCCUGUCGCGCCGGGGCUGCGGGCCAGGCAAGAGGGUGCGGCGCAGGUGUGGGAGGCGCAGAAGGAGGAUGGAGGGGAUUUCGGGUUCGUGCAGUCUUGGUGGUCGCAGCGGUGGUCUGCACAGUAUCUGUAGUCGGUGCCGUUGGGGUGGUUGCGCUGGUUUGCGCAGCCUUGUUGGAUGCAGUUGUCUGGAUGGUUGUUAGAUGGAUGAUGGAGGCUUAUGCCAGGGUAGAGGAUGAGAGAUGGGCAGACGUACGAUACUGGGAACAGUACCUAAACUCUUUGGGGUCGUAG